UCAGUGCGGGGUUGGGCACGAGGCUGGGCCCUCCCGAGGCGGGUAUCGGUGGUAACGUGCGUGCGGAGAAGCCUCCUCGGUAGGGCCCGUGCGAGGGGAGCCGGCGGCGGUCCCAUCGGUACAGCUCCGCUCCGCAGCGGCCGCCUGAGCCGCCAUGGCGCAAGCCCUCGCCUCCCCCGGCCUCUUCUCCGACGACGAGGCCGCGGCCUCGCCCGUUCUCGAGUCCACCGCAGCGGGGUUCGGGGCCGACGUGCGCAAGGCCCUGCUGUCGGAGUUCUCUGCCAUCUCGCCCAACCUCGAGGCCUCGCAGCAGGCUGCUGCUGAAGAUAUUAAUGGGAAAUUAAAGGUGUAUCUGAGAGUUCGACCUCUGAAAUCUACAGAGCUGGAGAAAGGGGAAGACCAGGGUUGUGUCUGCAUUGAGAAUUCAGAGACCCUUCUUUUAAGAGCCCCCAAGGACUCCUUCACCAUGCGGAGCACAGAACGUGGAGUGGGACAAGCAGCGCAUAGGUUCUCUUUCACUCAAAUUUUUGGACCAGAUGUGGGGCAGAAAUUGUUCUUUGAUGAGACAAUGAAACAGGUGGUAAAGGACGUACUGGAUGGGCAGAACUGGCUGGUUUACACCUACGGGAUCACCAAUUCAGGGAAGACACACACCAUUCAGGGUAGCAUCAAAGAUGGUGGGAUUCUGCCUCGCUCCUUAGCAGUUAUUUUCAAUAGUGUGGGGGACCGGCUGUACCAAGCCAUGGACCUGAAGCCCUCGCUCUCCAAUGAGGUGAUCUGGCUGGACAGCAGGCAGGUUCGGCAGGAAGAGACCAAGAAACAAACCAUGCUGCGGGGAGGCCUGUGGGAGGAGGAGCUGUUAACACCCCUGAAAAGGAGUCAUAGCGCUGAAUCUCAGCUCCAGGCCACCACCAGUGGCAGCUUUGACAGUGGAGUUGCCGGCCUCUCUUCAUCUAGCCACCUUACCAGCCAUUCAGACAUCAGCCAGACAGAAGAACUGGGCCCUCGCUGGGCUGACUUGGAUUGUGUUUCACUCUCCACCACCAUGGGAGAUGUGCAGUUUUCCAUCUGGGUCUCCUUCUUUGAGAUUUACAAUGAGUUGAUCUACGACUUGUUAGAACCAACUCCACCUGGCCAGAAUCGCAAGAGGCAGACACUGCGGCUCUGCGAAGACCAGACUGGCAACCCCUAUGUGAAAGAUCUAAACUGGAUCAAUGUCCGUGAUGCUGAUGAGGCCUGGAAGCUCCUGAAACUGGGUCGGAAAAACCAGAGUUUUGCUAGCACCCACAUGAACCAGAACUCCAGUCGCAGUCACAGUGUCUUCUCAAUUCGCAUUCUGCACUUGCAAGGAGGUGGCAGUGAAAUUGUUCCCAAAAUCAGCGAGCUCUCCCUGUGUGACCUCGCGGGGUCAGAGCGCUGCAAAGACCAGAAAAGCGGGGACCGAAUGAAAGAAGCGAACAACAUUAAUACUUCCCUCCAUACCCUGGGGCGCUGCAUCGCUGCCCUCCGUCAGAACCAGCAGUCUAAAUUGAAGCAGAUUGUGGUUCCCUUCCGGGACAGCAAGCUAACCCGUGUGUUCCAGGGCUUUUUCACUGGACGUGGGCGCUCUUGCAUGAUUGUCAACAUUAAUCAGUGUGCAUCUACAUAUGAUGAAACCCUGUAUGUAGCCAAGUUCUCAGCCAUCGCCAGCCAGCUUGUUCAGGCUCCUCCUACAAAGGUGGGACUGCCAUCCAUCCAAUCAAUCAUCAAAGAGCACAGCAGGAGAACUAGCCAGGGUCCAGAGGCAGUGGCAAAGGAAGAAGUGGAAUCAGAGGACAGUGAGGAUGAAGCAGAUGUUUCCAUGUAUGAGAAGGAGGACUUGUUGCGUGUGGUAGAAGCUGCACGAGAACUGCUGGUGCAAGAGCGGCAGGAGAAGCUGCAACUAGAAAUGCGUCUGCGUGAGGAGAUCUGCAACGAGAUGCUGGAGCACAUACAACAGAAGGAGCAGUGGUGCAGCCAACAUGUUGAUGCCCAGAAGGAGCUGCUGGAGGAACUGUAUGAGGAUAAGCUGAAUAACCUGAAGGAGUCGCUGACUGACUACUACCAGGAGGAGAUCCAGGAGCGUGAUGAGAAGAUUGAGGAGCUCCAAGCUGCUCUGCAGGUGGCAAAACAAAAACUGGAGAACUUGGAUGCUACGCAGAAAGACUCAGAGCAGCAAGGCUUGCGUCGAUCAAAGCGAGUGGCUGCCUCAUGUGCUCUGCAGCAGGAACUGCUAGAUACUAAAGCCAAACUGGAGCAAUGUCAAAUGGAGUUGAAUACAACAACAGCAGAGCUUCGCAAGUACCAGAAAUUACUGGAGCCACCUCCCUCUGCCAAACCAAUUACUGUGGAUGUAGACAGGAAGCUGGAGGAUGGACAGAAGAAUGUGAGAUUGCUGCGUUCGGAAUUACAAAAACUUGGGGAAUCUCUUCAGUCUGCAGAGAGGGCAUGCUGCCACAGCACAAGUGCUGGGAAACUUCGAGAAACCCUCUGUACCUGUGAUGACAUUCUGGCUAGACAGGACCAAACACUGGCAGAACUGCAGAACAACAUGAUGCUGGUAAAAUUGGAUCUGCGGAAGAAAGCAGCCUGUAUUGCUGAGCAGUACCACACUGUGCAGAAGCUCCAGGCUCCUCCAGUGUCUACCUUAAAGAAAAGGUUCUGUGCCAACAGGGAAAACCUGCAACCUAACCAACCUCCCGGUAAAAAGCCCUUCCUGCACAACUUCCUGACACGUUCAGCUACCCGUCCUGUUGCUGGCAGAGGAUGGCAACUGCGGUCAGUUGCUCUAUGACUUUUCAGAAUGAGAUCCAUGCCCCAUUGUUACUGGAACAGGUGGCAAAUCCAAUGUAAUAGUAUUCUCCUUUAUGUGCUUGUUUAUUAUUGUAGCUGCUUGAGAGCUUAUGUAAACAUUUUUUGGAUAUGUAUGGUUAAACUUUUAAUCAAUACCAAAGUGGACAAAAUGACCUUCUGAAAUUUAAACACUACAAUGAGGAAAAGUUUUAAAAUGUGAAAUAA